GAAGUAGUUUGCUAAUGUUGUUUGGUGGCACUCUGGCUUUCUUCAUGGUAUUAACAGAAUAUGUUCUUGUGUCUGUAACAAGUGCAGUAACAGUUACAAUAGCAGGGGUUGUGAAGGAAGCUGUUACUGAGCUACUUUUGUUUGAUUUUAAGUCAAAGCUUCUGUACGGUGUAUAUGAAGCAACUUCUGAUGGAGGUCUUAACUUGGAACCUGCUGCUUUUGGAGGGAAAUUCCCUGCUCAGGUAAAAUUCAAAAUUUUCAAGGAAUGUCUUCCAAUUCCUGAGAGUUCCCUUACGUAUGUUAUAAAGGAGAACUAUACAGGUGCAAAAUUUAAGCAAGAACUCAAUGUAAAGCAAAAGAAACUUAUCAAUGGAAGCAGGUGA